GCGGCGGCGGCGGCGGCGGCGGCGGCGGACGGAACCGACUGCGCCCGGGGCCGGAGCCCGCGCCCUCGCAGGUUGAUUGACUUAUGUGCACUUUGGGAUACUGGCGUUUCCUUCCCUGCUGCAGGCUGGAAGAGAGCCUCUGGUAUCGCAAGAAGGAGGCUGAAUGAGGCAGAGACGCUGAGCUCUGUCCAGGAGGCCCAGUUGGAGCAGCUGGAGGCAGCAAGACCCCGCAGGCCGGGGAGCGGGGAACGGGGCCCAGUGCUGAGGAUGGCCAGGCAGCCGCCGCCGCCCUCGGUCCAUGCAGCCAUCCUGCUCUGCCUCCUCAGCCUCAGUGGGGCCAUCGAGAUUCCCAUGGAUCUAUCCCAGCCCCCAACCAUCACCAAGCAGUCAGUGAAGGACCACAUCGUGGAUCCCCGUGAUAACAUCCUGAUUGAGUGUGAAGCAAAGGGGAACCCUGCCCCCAGCUUCCACUGGACUCGAAACAGCAGGUUCUUCAACAUCGCCAAGGACCCCCGGGUGUCAAUGAGGAGAAAGUCUGGGACCCUGGUGAUCGACUUCCGUAGUGGUGGGCGGCCCGAAGAAUAUGAAGGGGAAUACCAGUGCUUUGCCCGCAACAAAUUUGGCACGGCCCUGUCCAAUAGGAUCCGCCUGCAGGUGUCCAAGUCUCCCCUGUGGCCCAAGGAGAACCUAGACCCAGUCGUGGUUCAAGAAGGUGCUCCUUUGACACUCCAGUGCAACCCUCCACCCGGACUUCCAUCCCCGGUCAUCUUCUGGAUGAGCAGCUCCAUGGAGCCCAUCACUCAGGACAAGCGUGUCUCUCAGGGCCACAACGGUGACCUGUAUUUCUCCAACGUGAUGCUUCAGGAUAUGCAGACAGACUACAGCUGCAACGCGCGCUUCCACUUCACCCACACCAUCCAGCAGAAGAACGCGUUCACCCUCAAGGUCCUCACCAACAACCCCUAUAAUGACUCGUCCUUAAGAAACCACCCUGACAUGUACAGUGCACGAGGAGUUGCAGAAAGGACACCCAGCUUCAUGUAUCCCCAGGGCACAGCGAGCAGUCAGAUGGUGCUGCGUGGCACGGAUCUUCUGCUGGAGUGCAUCGCCUCUGGGGUCCCCACGCCAGACAUCGCAUGGUACAAGAAAGGUGGGGACCUCCCAUCUGACAAGGCCAAGUUUGAGAACUUUAACAAGGCUCUGCGUAUCACCAACGUCUCCGAGGAAGACUCUGGGGAGUAUUUCUGCCUGGCCUCCAACAAGAUGGGCAGCAUCCGGCACACGAUCUCGGUGAGAGUAAAGGCUGCUCCCUACUGGCUGGACGAACCCAAGAACCUUAUCCUGGCUCCCGGUGAGGACGGGAGACUGGUGUGUCGAGCCAAUGGGAACCCCAAGCCCACUGUCCAGUGGAUGGUAAAUGGGGAACCGCUGCAAUCGGCACCACCCAACCCAAACCGUGAGGUGGCCGGGGACACCAUCAUCUUCCGGGACACCCAGAUCAGCAGCAGAGCUGUGUACCAGUGCAACACCUCCAACGAGCAUGGCUACCUACUGGCCAACGCCUUCGUCAGCGUGCUGGACGUGCCACCCCGGAUGCUGUCACCCCGGAACCAGCUCAUUAGGGUGAUCCUGUACAACCGGACACGGCUGGACUGCCCAUUCUUCGGGUCUCCCAUCCCCACACUCCGAUGGUUUAAGAACGGGCAGGGAAGUAACCUGGAUGGUGGUAACUACCACGUCUACGAGAAUGGCAGUCUGGAAAUCAAGAUGAUCCGCAAAGAGGACCAAGGCAUCUACACCUGUGUCGCCACCAACAUCCUGGGCAAAGCUGAGAACCAGGUCCGCCUGGAGGUCAAAGACCCCACCAGGAUCUACCGGAUGCCUGAAGACCAGGUGGCCAAAAGGGGCACGACGGUGCAGCUGGAGUGUCGGGUGAAGCACGACCCCUCCCUGAAGCUCACGGUCUCCUGGCUGAAGGAUGAUGAGCCUCUCUACAUAGGAAACAGGAUGAAGAAGGAAGACGACUCCCUGACCAUCUUUGGUGUGGCUGAGCGGGACCAGGGCAGUUACACAUGUGUUGCCAGCACUGAGCUGGACCAGGACCUGGCCAAGGCCUACCUCACCGUGCUAGCUGAUCAGGCCACUCCAACUAACCGUUUGGCUGCCCUGCCCAAAGGACGGCCAGACCGACCCCGGGACUUGGAGCUCACUGACCUGGCUGAGAGGAGUGUGAGGCUGACCUGGAUCCCAGGGGAUGAUAACAACAGCCCCAUCACAGACUACGUCGUCCAGUUUGAAGAGGACCAGUUCCAGCCAGGGGUCUGGCAUGACCAUUCCAAGUUCCCAGGCAGCGUCAACUCUGCCAUCCUCCAGUUGUCCCCAUAUGUCAACUACCAGUUCCGGGUCAUCGCCAUCAACGAGGUGGGCAGCAGCCAUCCCAGCCUCCCCUCUGAGCGCUACAGGACCAGCGGGGCGCCCCCUGAGUCCAAUCCCGCCGACGUAAAGGGAGAAGGGACCAGAAAGAACAACAUGGAGAUCACUUGGACGCCCAUGAACGCCACCUCUGCCUUUGGCCCCAACCUGCGCUACAUCGUCAAGUGGCGGCGGAGAGAAACUCGAGAGACGUGGAACAACGCCACAGUGUGGGGCUCCCGCUACGUGGUGGGCCAGACCCCUGUCUACGUGCCCUAUGAGAUCCGAGUCCAGGCCGAAAAUGACUUUGGGAAGGGCCCUGAGCCAGACACUGUCAUCGGUUACUCCGGGGAAGACUAUCCCAGGGCUGCACCCACUGACGUUAAAAUCCGAGUCCUGAACAGCACAGCCAUCAGUCUCCAGUGGAACCGCGUUUACCCUGACACAGUCCAGGGCCAGCUCAGAGAGUACCGAGCCUACUACUGGAGGGAGAGCAGCUUGCUGAAGAACCUGUGGGUGUCUCAGAAGAGACAGCAAGCCAGCUUCCCUGGUGACCGCCCCCGCGGCGUGGUGUCCCGCCUCUUCCCCUACAGUAACUACAAGCUGGAGAUGGUCGUGGUCAAUGGGAGAGGCGAUGGGCCUCGCAGUGAAACCAAGGAGUUCACCACCCCGGAAGGAGUACCCAGUGCCCCCAGACGUUUCCGAGUCCGGCAGCCCAACCUGGAGACAAUCAACCUGGAAUGGGAUCAUCCGGAACACCCCAAUGGGAUCCUGAUCGGAUACACUCUCAAAUAUGUGGCUUUUAAUGGAACCAAAUUAGGAAAGCAGAUAGUGGAAAACUUCUCUCCCAAUCAGACCAAGUUCACGAUGCAAAGAGCAGACCCCGUGUCGCGCUACCGCUUUACCCUCAGUGCCAGGACGCAGGUGGGCUCUGGGGAAGCAGUCACAGAGGAGUCACCAGCACCCCCAAAUGAAGCUACUCCAACAGCAGCUCCUCCCACGUUGCCCCCGACCACGGUGAGUGUGACGGGCGUUGUGAGCAGUACAGACGCUACUGCCACCGCUGCCACCACCGAAGCCACAACAGUCCCCACCAUCCCAAGUGUCGCACCUACCACCAUGGCCACCACCACCGUCGCCACAACUACAACCACUGCCGCCACCACCAUGGAGAGGCCUCCCACCACCACCUCCGAGACUAAGAUGCCCGAAUCCGCCCCCGACAGGCAGUCCAUAUGGAACGUCACGGUGCUCCCCAACAGUAAAUGGGCCAACAUCACCUGGAGACACAAUCUCGGGCCCGGAACUGCCUUUGUGGUUGAGUACAUCGACAGCAACCAUACGAAAAAAACUGUCCCUGUUAAGAGCCAGGUCCAGCCCGUACAGCUGACAGACCUCUAUCCCGGGAUGACAUACACGUUGCGCGUUUAUUCCCGGGACAAGGAGGGCAUCAGCAGUACCGUCAUCACCUUUAUGACCAGUACAGCUUACACCAAUAACCAGGCAGACAUCGCCACCCAGGGCUGGUUCAUUGGGCUCAUGUGUGCCAUCGCCCUCCUGGUGCUGAUCCUGCUCAUCGUCUGCUUCAUCAAGAGGAGUCGAGGUGGCAAAUACCCAGUGCGAGAAAAGAAGGACGUUCCUCUUGGCCCCGAAGACCCCAAGGAAGAGGAUGGCUCCUUUGACUACAGUGACGAGGACAACAAGCCCCUGCAGGGCAGCCAGACGUCCCUCGAUGGUACCAUCAAGCAGCAAGAGAGCGACGACAGCCUGGUGGACUAUGGCGAGGGUGGCGAGGGGCAGUUCAAUGAGGAUGGGUCCUUCAUCGGCCAGUACACGGUCAAAAAGGACAAAGAGGAGACAGAGGGCAAUGAAAGCUCAGAGGCCACAUCGCCUGUCAACGCCAUCUAUUCUCUGGCCUAACGGAGCCCUCCUGCCGCCCAGGGCGCAGCCUCUACUUUGCAAGUGGGAGGAAGGGAGAGGGGGAGACGAAGCCACCGCAGACCUACCACACAGCCUCCACCGCCUUCAGGGACCAGGGUACAACACGGGGGUCUGCCGAGCUGUGAGGACCAGUGACCACCCAGCCAGCCGCAAGCCCCCUCCCGAUGACCCCCUGCACCCUCCGAGGUGCCACCAUGUGGGAGAGCUAGAGUCCUGGCUAAGCUCAGCCGGAGAGAGCCCAGCCCUUUGCUCAGCCUCACAGCCACCUUGAGCCUUCCACCCCCACUGCCCACCCUUGACCUCGGCACACACACUCACCCGUUUCUGUUGGUCAUGGCCCUUCACGUUAUCUUUAUAUUUGCUUUGUGGGUCCUCCCCACCCAGACCCAGCAUCUCCAUUUUCUUUUCCUUUUGAAGAAAUGUCCCUGGACAAAGAAAAAAUAGGUGGAUUCUCCCCCAGAGAGGCAAAGGAUUGACCUGUAAAGGAACUACCUAGAAAAGCUGUUAGUAUUCAAACCGCCACUGGGCCAGUGUAUUUCCGAAGGAUGCCUUUCUCGCCAGAUGCCUCCCGUGCCCCCAGCCCCUUCGCCUUGGCCUUGUCCGUUGCUGAGCUGGGCUUGGCUCCUUCCUGGGAAAAUGACAGUAUUUUUGGCAGGGAGACAGCAGGCAGGCCCCCUUGCCUCGCCCUGGUUCAGUCGGGAGGUGGGCCUACCUCUUGCUCCUUGCCCUCACCCUGCCACUUCCUCCAGAGUGCCCAAGACAAGAGCUGCGCCGGCUCUGCAGAAGGAGUGUGAGGAAGAGGUGUGGGCGCUGAUGGGGAAGGGCCGUGUCCCACCCGCAGUGGCUGUGUACCUCCAGCAGAAGGAGACCAGCCGUCUGGUCCCUGGGGAGCUGUGCUCACCUCAGAAGAGAAGGAAAGAGUUGGGUUUGGACUUCCUUCCUCCCCGUCCCCGUCGGUGAACCCAGGAUGUGGGAGCAAGGACCAUGCCUGCUGCCUCCAGGGUAGAGGGUGCCCCCGACCUGGUCAGGGAUCUGCACAGCUACCCUCGUGGAGAUGGAACCAUGCAAUGCAGAAGCUCUGCUGGUGUGUUUGGGGGUGUAAGGUGCUGCUCCCCCUUUCAUCUCUAGCAGAGAGCAUCUCCUUGGGCAGUUCUGUAAGGCGCUGAUACUUGUGUUUUACACAGUGUGUGGAUCGGGGCUCUGCCACCCCUCCCCCCCAGGACUAAACCAGUGUGUCCCCUCCUCUGGGUAUUCACAUAUCAGGAGAGCCCGUGCGAACACCACACCGACCGCGCUGUGGAGCCUGGCCUGGGGACCCCGUGCCCUCCGUAUGCCUUAUGCAGCUCUGAUCUGGCCCUGCAGCUUCCCAGGUUCCCAGCCCCUGCCUGCAAGCCUCGAAGCCUCCAGCGACGUCUGUCUCAAGGAAAGGGAGGCGGCCCACUCAAGUGUCCCUGCAGGACCAGAGCAGCCACUGGACACGUGCCCUGCAACCCAUUGUCCCAGACGGAGACCUUCACAGACUGCAGCUCUGAGAGCCAAGGCGCGGGCUUCAUCCUCCCCACCUAAUCCGUUUUUGAAACCAAAGGUACCUAGCCUCAGAGAGAUCUUGAGCCGAAGAGCAACCCGAUAACUGUUGCUACGGCUAGAGUCGGUUUCGGGAGGGUGAAGCUGACCCCUGGUAACGGACUGCCUGCCACAGGCCCAGCCUCUGAUUGGAGCCUCGAGCUACUUGCCGGGGAGCCUGGGCAGGAACAGGGCUGUGUCCUUCAGAGACUCGAUUAAAGCAUCAUUUGCCACACGUUUAAGCC